AUGGCCAUAAUGGUCGGAGUUCUGAUGACUCUGUUCUCCUUCAUGUUUCUUCUCCUCCUCUACGCCAAGCACUGCAAGCGCGGCAGCUUCGUCGUCAUAGGAGGAACCACUGACUCCAGAUCUCCCGGCGGGGUGGGUCUCCGUAAAAACUCAGGAAUCGACCAGGUCAUCGUCGAUUCCCUCCCGGUUUUCCAGUUCAGGUCGCUCAGGGAACACAAGGACGGCCUCGAAUGCACAGUCUGCCUCACCCGAAUCGAGCCCACCGAGGUCCUCCGCCUCCUCUCGAAAUGCAAGCACCCCUUCCACGUGGAGUGCGUUGACAAGUGGCUCGACGCCCACUCGACCUGCCUGCUCUGCCGCUGCCGGGUCGACCCGGAGGUCCCUCGACAGCUGGAUCUGGUUCCAGAAAAAAAUCGAACCCGUGGCCGCCGCCGGAAGCCAAGAACGUCCGAGAAAAGACAGCCUCCUUUUAAGCCACGACAAAACGAGGCUGGAGCAAAGAAUCAUCGUCUCCUCCCCCAGAUCAAGCAAUACCGGCGAUGGUGGGUUCCACCAACGAUGGAGCGACGUACAACAGUCCGAUCUUCUCUACCUUCGCUCCGAGAUGAUCAUAAGCGAGAACGGACUGACACGUCAGAGGCAGGAACAAAGAUGUCCUUCUUUGACAGGUUCUGGUACCUCUCGGGAGGCAGCAAAUUAAGCAGAUCAUGGUAA